ACUUUUAAAACAAAUAACACAAAAGUGCAAUAUUUGCAUUCCCUCCAAUCAUCAAAUCUCACACAUUCUUUUCUUGCUUUAAGUUUUCCUUUCAUGCAAAUAAUAUCCAAACCAAAAUCCAAUAUAAAUAUCUAUCCUAACAACAUAAAAAACCACAACUGUUCUUUCUAUAUUAAUUUGUUUCUUGUUUCUAAGUUAUUGGCUUAUUGAAAUUUGAAAUUGUACCUCAAAUUAAUGGCUUCUACUUCAAGUUCUGCCUUGAAAAGAUCUGAUUCAAUUGCUGAUAGCAUGCCUGAUGCCUUGAAGAAAAGCCGCUUCCAUAUGAAGAAAUGUUUUGCCGGGUUGGUUGCAAAUGGGAAGAGGUUAGUGAGACUAAAUCAUAUAAUGGAAGAAGUGGAGAAAACAAUUCAAGAUAAAAAUGAGAGGAAAAAGCUUUUGGAGGGAUUAUUGGGAUACAUACUAAGUUGCACUCAAGAGGCAGCUAUUGUUCCACCAUAUGUUGUUUUUGCUGUGAGGCCUAAUCCUGGAUUUUGGGAAUAUGUUAAAGUGAAUGCAGAUGAUUUGCAAGUAGAUGGUAUUGAGGCUUCAGAUUACUUGAAAUACAAGGAAUUGGUAUUUGAUGAAAAAUGGGCAAGUGAUGAAAAUGCUUUGGAGAUAGAUUUUGGGGCUAUUGAUUUCACCACACCUCAUAUGGCACUUUCAUCUUCUAUUGGAAAUGGACUUGACUUUACUACAAGAAUCUUGACCUCAAGGUUGACUGAAAGUUCACACUGUGAAAAUCCAUUACUUGAUUACUUAUUAAGCCUUAAUCAUCAAGGAGAGAAUCUUAUGAUCAAAGACACUUUGAAUACAAUACCAAAGCUUCAGAAAGCACUUAAAAUAGCAGAAGCUUAUGUAUCUGCUCACCACAAAGAUACACCAUACCAAAAUUUUGAAAACAGGUUGAGAGAAUGGGGAUUUGAUAAAGGGUGGGGAAACACUGCAGGAAGGGUUAAAGAGACAAUGAAAAUGCUAUCUGAGGUACUAGAAGCAGGAGAUCCAAUUAAGUUGGAAUCACUUUUCAGCAGGCUUCCAAACAUGUUCAACAUUGUUAUUUUCUCUAUUCAUGGAUAUUUUGGACAAGCUGAUGUUCUAGGAUUGCCAGACACUGGAGGCCAGGUCGUAUAUAUUCUUGAUCAAGUAAGAGCAUUAGAGGAAGAGUUACUCCAAAAGAUUAAGUUGCAAGGCCUAAAUGCAAAGCCUCAAAUUCUUGUGGUUACACGUCUAAUACCAAAUGCAAAAGGGACAACAUGUAACCAAGAACUUGAACCUAUCAUCAACACUAAGCACUCUCACAUUCUAAGAGUCCCUUUCUAUACAGAGAAGGGAAUUUUAUCUCAAUGGGUGUCGCGAUUCGAUAUCUAUCCUUAUUUAGAAAGAUUUGCUCAGGAUUCUACAAUCAAGAUUCUUGAACUUAUGGAUGGUAAACCUAACCUCAUUAUUGGAAAUUAUACUGAUGGAAACUUGGUGUCAUCCUUAAUGGCUUCUAAACUUGGCGUAACUCAGGCAACCAUUGCUCAUGCUUUGGAGAAGACAAAAUAUGAAGAUUCAGAUGCUAAAUGGAAUAGUUUUGAUGAAAAGUAUCACUUUUCAAGUCAAUUCACAGCUGAUAUAAUCUCAAUGAAUUCUGCUGAUUUCAUCAUAACUAGUACAUACCAAGAAAUUGCUGGAAGCAAGGAUAGACCAGGACAAUAUGAAACUCACACUGCAUUCACCAUGCCGGGACUUUGUCGCGUAGUCUCUGGCAUCAAUGUGUUUGAUCCAAAGUUCAACAUUGCUGCUCCAGGAGCUGAUCAAUCUGUGUAUUUUCCUUUCACCGAGAAAAACCGAAGAUUGACCACUUUUCAACCUGCCAUUGAAGAAUUACUUUAUAGUAAAAGUGAAAAUGAAGAACACAUUGGAUUUUUGGAAGACAAGAAAAAACCAAUAAUUUUCUCAAUGGCAAGGCUUGACAAAGUGAAAAACAUUAGCGGCCUAGUCGAGUGGUACGCAAGGAACAAUAGACUUAGAAGUUUGGUAAAUCUUGUGAUUGUCGGAGGAUUCUUCGAUCCUUCAAAAUCCAAAGAUAGAGAAGAAACAGAAGAAAUCAAGAAAAUGCAUUUCUUGAUUAAAGAACACAAACUUCAUGGUCAGUUUAGAUGGAUUGCUGCACAAACCGAUCGAUAUCGCAACGGAGAGCUUUACCGAUGCAUCGCGGAUACAAAAGGAGCAUUUGUUCAACCAGCAUUGUAUGAAGCUUUUGGUCUAACAGUGAUUGAAGCAAUGAACUGUGGAUUACCAACUUUUGCAACAAAUCAAGGUGGUCCAGCUGAAAUUAUAGUUGAUGGUGUUUCUGGUUUUCAUAUUGAUCCUCAUAAUGGAGAUGAAUCAAUCAACAAGAUUUCAGAAUUUUUUGAAAAGUGCAAGAUUAAUUCUGAUUAUUGGAACAUAAUCUCUAAAGCUGGUCUUCAAAGAAUCAAUGAACGCUAUACAUGGAAGAUAUAUGCAAACAAAGUGUUGAAUAUGGGAUCAAUUUAUGGGUUUUGGAGAAAAUUGAACAAAGAACAAAUGUUAGCAAAGGAAAGAUACAUCCAAAUGUUUUAUAAUCUUCAAUUUAGGAACUUGGCAAGAAAGGUACCAAUCCCUAGUGAGAUACCUCAGGAACCUCAAGCGAUAUCAACAACUCCAUCCAAAAAAGCAGAAGCAAAAGCACAAUCUACUCACAAUGAAGCUCAAUCAAAAGCUGAAGCACCUCAAAACCACUUAGCAAUAGCUGCAAUACCAUCCAAAAUUAAACCUAAGCAAACACCAAGGGAUGAAGGUUCAAGUAAGGAACUAGCUGCUUAUAAACAAAGUGGUGAUCUUUAUUUUGGAUUGCGUUGGUUGCUUUCAGGAAUUGCUUUUAUGUUCAUCAUUCAUUACAUCACUAAUUAUUUGGAACGUUUCUUCACAUGGGAGCAAUAAUCUCUAAGAUGGAAAAUCACUAUUGAAUGUGGAUGUAUUUUUAGUUUUAACUCAUUUGUAUUUUAAUUAAUUACCUUAUUUCAAAUAAAUUGUAAAAGAUUUCAGUUGGUACAUAAGAAGUGUUAUUUCAACAAUGCAUAUUGGAAUUAA